CCUAUAAAUUGAGCCAAAAUUACCAAAACAUAAUAAUAAUAGUCAGUUUGUUUGUUGGGCUAACAAUAUAGUAAAAAACAACAAUGAAAUCGUUGGCACUGUUAUUAGUUGUGGUGUACGUGUCGGUAGUGAGCGCACGUAUUGCUGUUGGACCCAAAAUUGUUGACAACGUGCACGCACGCGCUUCGGGCAAUCGUGUGGUCGGCGGUGAGGACGCAAAACUGGAAGAUGCUCCCUAUCAGGUGUCCUUUUUGGCACAGGGAUGGUUGGGUAAGAGCCACAUAUGCGGCGGUUCACUAUUAAGUGCUAACAAAGUCAUCACAGCUGCCCAUUGUUGCGACGGACAAACUGCAUCUCAGUUAGAGGUUAGAUGGGGUGGUAAUAAACGUAGCAGUUUGCCAUAUGGUAGUCCUGUUAAGUCACUUAGUGUCCAUAAGGACUGGAACACCAAUACCAUUGACAAUGACUACUGUAUAUUGACACUGACUUCAAGUGCCACCGAAACAAAUGGUGUUAAAUUUGUUAAACUGGCCGCUACCACACCAGGCGAUGGUACCGCUGCUACAUUGACCGGUUGGGGACGUACAUCAGGUUCGGGAUCGUUGCCCGAAACACUACAGAAAGCCGAUUUGAAUAUCAUUGGCCCUGAUAAGUGUCAGGCAGGUUGGACUGGAGUUAACGACAUCACCAAAGCAAUGGUCUGUGCUGGACAUUUGUCCCGAUCCGGUUGUAAUGGUGACUCUGGUGGCCCAUUGGUUUCUGGUGGUGUUCAAGUGGGUAUUGUUUCGUGGGGUGCCAGUGGUUGUCCCGCUAAUACAGUAACCCGACCCACAGUCUAUGCUGAUGUAGCAAAUGGCAAGACAUGGUUGGAAAAUAAUAUACAGCCAACUCCGACAAUGAGGACAGUCAGCUCUGUGUCGAUACUAGUCUUUUGUUUGUCUGUUACGGUCAAUGCAUUUGUUGAAAUAUCGCCCGAAUUUGGCCGCAAAUCAUUGGCCAGUCCGGGUGCUCGUGUAGUAGGCGGUACACCGGCAUCGGCCACACAAUCACCAUUUCAGGCCUCGCUGAACGCCCAGUCCCUAUUUGGGUCGAGUCAUAUAUGUGGCGGUUCAUUGGUCGGUCAACGCAGUGUUAUUACGGCCGCCCACUGUUGCGAUGGUUAUACAGCCGACAAACUGACCAUCAAGUAUGACGGUUUGGACAGAACCAAAUUGAAAGUAACCAACAAAGUGACCAAGGUAGCCCAACACGACCAAUACAAUGGCAAUACCAUUGACUAUGACUACUGUGUGCUGACACUUGAGAACCCGAUUGUCCAGUCGACUACUGUCAGCACUAUUGAAUUGGUCAGUACACCACCACAGCAUGGAUCGCCCGCUCAUCUGACCGGUUGGGGUAAGAUAUCGGGCAGUACUAGUUCGCUGCCCGUUCAGCUACAGUACACACCAAUGGCGAUUGUUUCGCGCGAAGAAUGUAACAAAAUUUGGGAACCGGCCGGUCAAACGGUCACUGCCCGUAUGAUAUGUGCGUCAAACAGAGCGGCCAGUGGUUGUAAUGGUGAUUCUGGUGGACCUCUUGUUGUUGACGGCAAACUAGUCGGUAUAGUUUCGUGGGUCUACAGGGGUUGUCCGGCUAAUACCGAGGAAUGGCCUACAGCUUAUGCCGAUGUGGCCAAUAGCCGGCAGUGGUUAGACGAAAGAAUACAAUAAAUUUUCAAUCAGAUU